GCAGCACACCCCCUUGCCCUAACCUAAUCACCAACAAGGGUAGCAUAACCCCCAACCACAGACCGGUUAUAGUGUCAUAUACCAAUUUAAGUUACUUGAGUACAUAUAGGAAUAAUAACAAUAUUGUGUUAGUACUCUAAAAUUAUGAAUGAUAAAUUCACUGUUAAAAGAUUCAUGUCGGCCUUCAAUACAAAAAAUAAUAUAUAUAUAUAAAUCUUGGUGUUCUUCAAUCUGAAGAAUUUGAAUUUGAGCAAAGUGUGAAAAUGUUAAACAAGUUGUUUGUAACUCUGUGAUAUGACAAGAAGAGUUAGUCAAGUGUGACUGAUGGGAAGAAACAAUAUUCUUGCUUCAUGAAUGUUUUGUAUGUGGUGAUACUAGCUGGAUAGUGUUGGUUAUUAAUGACUUAAAACGUUUAUCACAGCUGGUGAAUAAACUAUGUCUGCUGUCCAUAUUGAAAAUAUCAUAUCAUCGCUAAAAUUCCUCAGUUCAGCCAGCAAGUGAAUGAGGGAGUUGCAAGUAAAUAAACUAAUAUGGAAGUGUUCCUGUACAGGUCCAGUUUUCUACGAAUGUAUAGUGAGAGGCUAUGGAAUUUAUCGACUCCUACCCCUGCUCCUUCAAGCAACGUCCAGUUCAAGCACAAAAUGUCAGCAGAUUCCUCGCAUAGUGAGGAAACUGUAGCUCUGGGUAGUGAAUUCUGCUCUGGGUACAUUGACACCAUGGGCAAGUGGACCAAUGGUUUCUACUGUCCCGGAGAAUUGGCAGAAGAACAAUUUUGUUGUGGCACUGCCAAUUUUAAGUACUGCUGCGCCCAAAGGGAACAGGUCCUCACUCAGGAUACCUCCAGACUGCCAUUGUUACUGGGCGUAAUGUUUGGUGCCGUGACGGCCAUCUUGAUAGUCACUGUUAUGAUGUGCUGGUUCUGCGCAUGCUGUUUCUUCUACAAGAAGCGCCAACCUCGUGUCAGUGGCGGACCAUUAUAUCGGAUGCACUGCUCCUCUACAGCUAGUGGAGUGGCCAACAUGUACUCAUUUUCAAAUCCAAAUAGUUUGGCCACUACACCGUUAGACUCUGCAGUGGCUAGCUCACGUCUUCUAGUAGAUCUUGAGCCGGUAGUUGCUCACUCUAUAGUACCAAAUGAGACUCGUAGUAUGAUGGCGCGGGGAAACACAUUCUCAAGAGAAGCGUGCUCAACUGGGAUGGACCUACAUGUCAGUGAAUUAGGAGAGAUGAAUGAUAGGGUACCAGGAACGGGAACGAGCGUAAAGUCACCAGGACCACCUCUGUCUUUCAGUUCUUCAAAGGACGAGCAACACCAAGACACGACAGUGAAGGGUCUCAGUCAUGGAACAACCUUCAGACAGCAGAUAUUCAACCCUGCAAGGCCACUACACACAUCGACCAGUCUAGAGUUGCAAUCAUCGCCAUGUGUGAUAUCAGAAACUCCUAUCUGUGGGACAACUAAGCUUGAACCACAGCUUCCAUCCAGUACUUUCACAUUUACAAGUACAGGCGUAACCACAGCUACGUGUACGACUUUCAACCCUUCGUCUACCGCAAAGCCUGCAGGAAGUAUUUCUCUUGCUGCUCAAGCCGCCGUUUCUGGGGCAGGGCCUGUUCUGCUAGCGGCAUCUAGCACACCAUUGGUGACAACCACUGACUCGAGAGAACAUGAUGCUCUGUAUCAUUCCACAAAGUUCUGAGGGGUAUAAUUUUUAUUUUAUUUUUUAUACUGCAGUCGACUGUAAAUUACCGUCAUAAUUAUGUAAUUAUUUAAUUUAUAUUAGAAACAAGUAUUUUACUUGUGCAAUGACGCGUUCUGUAUCCUUGGUUUGGGCCCGUGAAGGAUCUAUGAAAUGUAAAUAAAUUCUAUUAUAUUCUGAAAUUUUGUACAGGUUUAAUUAAGUUUGUCAGCACUUUAGAAUUGUUUCCACAUGUCUUUGUUAUUAUGACUUAUGUAUUUUAAAUCAAAAACAAACUACUUACCAACACCAUUGUUCAGUGUCUUCCAUUAGCAGUUUGAGAUAUAUUCAGAAUAUCAAGUUCUCUUAUCUUCUGGGACCCAAAGAUUUAUGUUAUUACAAUGUUCGCAGAAACUCACCAAACGAUCAAAGACUUUGCCCGAUUUGAGGCUUUGCCUUAAGUGUGAAAUUAAUAAAACACCAUUAAUUAAACCCAUAAACAACUAAAAAGACAAGAUAUAAAAUAUUUUCAGUUAUGUGGUAAGUUGUUUGGAUAGAACUGAAUUUUUGCAUUAUGUAACACCAAUUAAUUAUUAUAUUACACUUAUUCACAUGAGAAUAAUAAUUAUGUAAUGAAUAUCCAAAGUGAUCUAAUAAUUUGCUUGUUUGUUCAUAUCCACGAUUGAAAAUCUUAUAAAGCAGCUCCAUUCUUCUUGAUCUUAGUCCGUGUAGUCUGGGUAGUUAGUCAUCCUCGGUGGACUAGUGGUUAGCGUGCUUGCCACUGGACCCUAAGGUUUGUGGGCCAAGGAUGAUGGAUUUUUAAGG